AUGAAGUUCAACGUUGCUCUCAGCGGUGCUCUCUUCGCUGCCUCUGCCCUGGCAGCGCCCCUGACGGCCAAACGCCAGGCUCGCCAUGAGGCUCGCCGUCUUGCUCGUGCCGAAGGUGCUAAGACCCAGCGGCACAGCAACCCUCCCUUCCAGCCAGACACUCAUGAUGUCCUGCAGCUCAACAGCACCUCCCACGUGCAGUACAGCUCCAACUGGGCCGGUGCCGUCCUCGUUGGAUCCGGCUACACAGCCGUGACCGGCGUGUUCACCGUCCCAACUCCCAGGCCCCCCCCAGGUGGCAGCAGUAGUGAGGCUUACUCCGCCUCCGCCUGGGUCGGCAUCGACGGCGACACCGACGGCAAUGCCAUCCUGCAGACCGGCGUCGACUUCACCAUCCAGGACGGCGAGGUCUCAUACGACGCCUGGUACGAGUGGUUCCCCGACUACGCCUACGACUUCAGCGGCAUUGACAUCUCGUCGGGAGAUGUGAUCAAGGUUACCGUCGAGGCGACCACCAAGUCCUCUGGCACCGCCACCGUGGAGAACACCAGCAAUGGCCAGAAGGUCUCUCACACCUUCACCAGCGGCGAGGUCGAGGCCUCCUUGGGUGAGGUCAACGCCGAGUGGAUCGUCGAGGACUUUGAGCAGAACGGCAGUCUCGUCCCCCUGGUUGACUUCGGCACUGUGACUUUCACCGACGCCGAGGCUGUGGACAAUGGCGCCACUGUUACGCCCGCGGGUGCUCAGAUCUUGGACAUCAAGCAGAACAACCAGGUCCUCACUGAUAGCUCUGUCUCUGGCAGCUCUGUUACUGUCAAGUAUGUUUAG